CUCGGGUAGAGAGGCCGACAGAGCAGGAGUAGUCCGCUUGUCGUGGUGGCUGCCAGGGAGCCGGCGAGAGGGUGAGCGGGCGAGUAGGCGAGGGAGCUAGAGCAGUCAGGAGGGAGCGUCGCGCGGCGCAGAGGAGCGCUGGGGCCGGGCCGCGGCGGAACCACAGCCGGAGACGGGCAGCCCGAGCCGGGCGCUGCGGGGUCCCCACCCCCACUCGGCCGGACAGUGCCCGGUGUUCCCCCGUGCGGGGGGCGGCGGCGGCGGCGGCGGCUGACGGGACCGGACAGGACCGCGGGGGUGUUGCCACCUCCAUCGAGGAGCCGGCGCGGCCGCGGGCUCCUCAGAGCCGGGGCCCAGGGCCCGUGACAGACGGGCCGAGGAAGGCAGAGAGGCGGCGGCGGCGCAGGCGACGGGGAGGCAGCGGCGACACCAUGUCAUCCCCCAGUCCGGGCAAGAGGCGGAUGGACACGGACGUGGUCAAGCUCAUUGAGAGUAAGCAUGAGGUCACGAUCCUGGGAGGACUCAAUGAAUUUGUAGUGAAGUUUUAUGGACCACAAGGAACACCAUAUGAAGGCGGCGUAUGGAAAGUUAGAGUGGAUCUUCCUGAUAAAUAUCCUUUCAAAUCUCCAUCUAUAGGAUUCAUGAAUAAAAUUUUCCAUCCCAACAUUGAUGAAGCGUCAGGAACUGUGUGUCUAGAUGUAAUUAAUCAAACUUGGACAGCUCUCUAUGAUCUUACCAAUAUAUUUGAGUCCUUCCUGCCCCAGUUGUUGGCCUAUCCUAACCCCAUAGAUCCUCUCAAUGGUGACGCUGCAGCCAUGUACCUCCACCGACCAGAAGAAUACAAGCAGAAAAUUAAGGAGUACAUCCAGAAAUAUGCAACGGAGGAGGCACUGAAAGAGCAGGAAGAGGGCACCGGUGACAGCUCGUCGGAGAGUUCUAUGUCUGACUUUUCGGAAGAUGAGGCCCAGGAUAUGGAGUUGUAGUAGAAAAAGCACCUGCUUUUCAGAAAGACUAUUAUUUCCUAACCAUGAGAAGCAGACUAUAAUAUUCAUAUUUAAACAAAGCAAUUUUUUUUAUUACUAAACAAGGUUUUUAUGAAUAAUAGCAUUGAUAUAUAUAUAUUAUAUAUCACCCUUUAGAUCUUGAUUUCUUGGUCAUUUCUCAACCUGAGGUGCAUAGCAUAUUCCCACAUUCCAUUUUGGUAGCAAUAUGCGGUCCGAAUGCAUGCAUUCAUAAGUCCAUUUGGCCAAGUCAGCCUGUGUGCUACUGAACUGUCGAAAGAAAUAGCCGCUCUGAUAGAUAGACUUGAGUUAAAAUAACAGGAAAAAGUUGCUUCUUUUAUUGAUGGUUCCAAAGAAACAAACCAAACCAACCAGUUCUUGGACUGUUCUUGGAAGAUAGAAUAGUGCUUUUUCUAAACGGAAAGGAAAAAUUGGGGAGGAAAAGGCUUGCUGUGGGAGCAUGUAGAGCCAGCCCCAUCAGAAUCAGAGCUGCUCCUCCCUGCGAAUCCUAGGUGGCCCCGUGCUGUGGAGUAACAGUAUAAAACAGGGAGCUAGUGGGAGCGUUGAAACUUACAGCAAUUUUUUUGACUCAGAUUUUAAGUACAUUUUUAUGUGUAGAUUCCUGCCCUUCUCGCUACCAGGCCCUGCAGCCACACGUGUUUGCUUUGGAGGAGCUUUUGGAAGUGUUUCCUGAACCUGAUUCUUUUUCUUGGGUAGAGCUUUGUAAUCCAGACCUUUUUUGAGACGACAGGAGGAGAAAAGGCACUGAGAAGAUGUUUCCUCCCAUCCAGCACAUGCAGAGUCACACCCUCAUCCUAUUGUUGGCCACUUUGAGACCGCUACUCUGGACUGAGAGCUUUAAAUUUGAGGGUGGUUGUGAGUUUUUUGUUUUGAGGUUUUUUUUUCCUUUUUCCGGUGUGUGUGUGAAUUGUGCUUAGAAAGGUUGCAGAUUUAAUCUUCACCUACCAAGAGAUGGCCUCUUCCUCAGACAGCCGCUCCGUGGACCAUUAGCCUCGGGAAGAAGACCCGUCUGGCGGCUGGGACUCCUGGGUACUCUCAUUCAUGUUUUGGUUUUUUCUCCCUUCCGCUGCUGCUCUUGGCAGCAGCCUGGUCAUCACCUGCUUGUGGGAGUGGGAAAUGGGUAUUUCAGACCCAACACGUAUUCUAAAUUUAAAAUGAGUAAUAUUUGGAACAAAUAAAGGUUCUUGUACCCAAAGUGACUCUACAUGGGAAAAACAAACUGCUUUUUUCAGAGUGUGACUGAAUAGGAGGAAAGGAUUCAGAAAUAUGACGUAGUGGAACAGGUUUGGAAGGAAGGAAACUUUCUCUCCUGUAUAUGUUAAGAGGAAAUCAGACAGUUUAAAAUGCCUGCUAAUCAAAUGUUUACUCAGCUAACCAUAUGUCCAGGUUGCCGGCAGAGUUCCUUUCACAUCUGAGCGUUGCCUGCUGAAUUUGGAGAACUUUAGACAGCAGCUCUGUAUUCUUUUUUUUUGCCACAACCAAUAGGACAAUAGCAGAAUUAGCCAAUCCUAAAACGUUCUAAAGACAAUUUUUGAAUGUCCCACUGGGAUAACUUAAUUUUUCUUUUUGAUGUGUGUUUUUUAGUUUAUAAGUGCUAUAUUCCACAAGAUUUGAGUCAAUGAGGUUGGAAGAUAUCCUAUCUUUUUUUAUUCAAAAAGCACAAUCAAUCUUUUCUUUGAAAAUCUAUUAUAGAAAAUACACUUGCUUUUAGCAUGAUUAUUUUCCUAAAUAAAAAGACAAAGAAUUUACUUAUUUUAUGUUAAUUACGGGCAUGAAGCAAAAGGUUUUCUUUAAAGAAAAUUUAAAAGUGCAGUUACGUAGGGCUGUGGUUAGUUAACCGUACUGAGUGUCCUAUCUAGCAUUUGUGGCUUGUCGGAGGGUAGUGUUAACUAUUUAACAUGUACUGGUGUACUUUAACUCUUAUCUAGCACGUUGUCUUCUCAUUACUCUGGGGGAGGGAGGGGCUGUGCUGGCACUGUCUAACCUGCUUACCUGCUGAACUAGCAGUCUGCUUGUGCUAUAACCGUGACUGUAGGUGCGAUUUAGGGUAGGCUUAAAGUGCUGGGUGGUGAUUUGAGUUCAAACAAUAAAAAAUUGUAUUUUUUCAAUAUUGUAUAAACAAUAGUGUUCUAAUUACCCCUUUCAAAAGAAUAAUGUCCAGUAAUAAUUGCCUUUAAUCUUUUCAGAAAAACUAGGAGAACCAAGUUUAGGGAAGUUAUGUGAGCAGUGCCACAGCCCUGCUCCCCGACUCAAUCCAUAUUUCUCUAAUGAAAAGAUAGCAGCUUGCCUCCGAUUGAGAGCUCCAGCGGUAGGAACCUGGUGGUGCAGGCUUCCCACAUGAAGACUUACUAGGGGAGGUUGUGGGGGUUAAGAAGCAGAUCUGAGUAUGGCUGCAGAGUGUGGGUGUGUGUGUGUCCAUCCAAGUCUGUGUGAUGAAGGUGUAAUUUAGGCUUCAAUUCUCUUAGCACUGGAAGCUCCUGGAAUUGCUACCCAAGUCAUGCUGUACCCUCUCAUUCUGCGCAAGUCCGUCCUUUCUGGGCACUAACCUUGGUCCCAUGCAUGUUUUUGGUUCUGUGUGGGGCUUUCCAUCUCCACUGGGAAAUUGACUUUUGAUAAGUUGACGAGAAUUCCUUCUUACGCUAACUUUUUGUCCCUUCCCUGUACCUGGGAGAAGUAGGAGUAGAGACCAUAGUUAUAGGUACAGAGGGAGCUGGAAGAAGCCGGGCCGUGAGUCUGAGGACUCUGGGUCCGACAAUAGAUAGCAGAGUAAGGCUGGAGUUGGGGGUGUCACAACAGCAAAUGCUUUUCCAGGCUGUCCCUUCAUGACACUCAGAAAAACAUCCAGAGCCUCUCAGAAGGGCUGAACAUUAUUGCUUUUAAAGGUGGUGAUAGGUCAGAGCUGCUUCUGGCAGUUUCCCUUCCCUUCCCUUCCCUUCUUAGAAUCUAUAGUUUUUGAAAUCCUACCUUGUGGUGUACCAGCACAAGCUCUUCUUUGCCCCCCGUUGAAAUCACUGAGUUCGAGCUCUCGCCAGACACCAACAAGCAAGAUGGCUGCAUCCCAGCUGUGAUGCACUGCUCGCGGGCGGCCCAGCACUGGCGCCUUGAGGUUACGUUUAGCGGUAGCCUAGCUAGACACUGGCAUUUUUGCUCUUUUGUCUCCAGUCUCAUCGCACUCCUUGAGGUUACUGUGCAGUUUCAACCAGCAUUUUAUACUAGUGAGAUGAUUUUCAGAAGUUGCCAUAUAUCUCUCCAGUACCUAACAUUUUCUUCCACUUCAAAAGAUGUUCUAAUUGCCAACUGGCUGAUCUAAGCUCCUGAGGAGUGUCUCCCCUUGAAGGAAUUUUUUUCCCUCAAAAGGCUCCCUGAAGCCAUGGUUGGCCUUGGCCUGACACUUGCUUUUUAUUAGGCCUCCUGUUGGGAUGGCUGAGAAUCGUGAAAGACAGAUCCUUUUCUGGCCUCCGCGGGUGACGUUUCUAGACACCAAGUUUCUGGGAACUAGUGUUUGAUUUUAAAUGGCAUGUGGCCCUUCUGUGUUGUAGGGACUCAGUCAGAAAGUGAAAGCCAUUAACAAAAGUUAGCAAGAGUUACUUUCAUCAGCUUCCUAACUGGGUCCACAGCCUUGUUGACUAAAAUCAAAUCGUUUCUGAUUGGGCGCAAAAUCCUGCAUUUCUUUGGACUUCUGAAUCCGUGUUCAUAUUUUCUCUGGCCACUGAACACCUUGGCGGUUCCAUUAGGGAUUGGAUGGAGUGGAAGCCCCUUGGGGAAGGGGAAGGUGACAGCCUUCAGGUGUGCGGGUUCUCCGCUCGCCUGAGGAAGGGCCAGGACUCUUAAUCCAGCAAAUACUUGUCUUGGCUGUGGGCUUGGGAAGAAAUGGCCAUUAUUUACUGAUUGUAUUUGGUACAUAUUGUGUGAUACUUGAAGAGAUAAAAGGGACGUACCAGCCCUUAAUUGAAAUCUAAGCUUUUUAUCACUUAUUUUUUCCUCGCCCUAUCUCCUCCCUUCCACCUUUUUCCUUGCAUUGUGAUGAUCUAAUGGGCACUUCUGUCAACAGGACAAAUGCCUCUGACUAUAACCUCUUAAUAGCUGUGUAUAAUGAAAACUGUAAACUUUUUUAAAUAAAAUGUGUAUAUACCUUG